AUGAAAAUGGAGUUUUGCGCACGGACUUUGCUCCAAUGUAUCUUAGUUUCAUUCUUGUGUGGUUGUUGUAGCGCACAGGUGUUCAAUCUCAGUCUCUCUGUAGAGGAAGGGUUACCUGCAAAAACUAUCGUCGGGGAUAUAAAAGCCGGACUCCCCGCAGAAAUCCCAAAUUCUGGAUUCUUUAUAUCUGAAAGCAAAGACUCCGAUGUUCUCCGAGACUUGGAGAUCGAUGGAGACACCGGCAUCAUCUCCACCGCCGUGGUGUUGGACCGAGAGCGCACGGAGACAUAUGAGUUCGCGGCCGCCACUUUAACAGGAGAGGUUAUUAAAGUAACCAUUGAGGUGACGGAUGUAAAUGAUCAUUCCCCGGUAUUCCCUGUAAACAGAAUCCAGUUGAAUGUGUCUGAAUUAAGCCUCCCUGGAACCCGCUUUGAGCUGGAAGGAGCACAGGACCAGGAUGAGGCUGAUUUUGGCACUCAGGGCUACAGAAUUACUGAUGGAGAUAUGAGGCAACUUUUUAAAGUAGAAAUCCGUAAUAGUGGAGCUGGUGUGUUCAAUUUAGACCUUAUUCUGCAAGCAAGACUAGAUAGAGAAACUACAGACUUCUAUAGACUGACGAUUGAGGCGUUUGAUGGUGGUGUGCCUCCUAAAACAGGCCAGUUACUGGUGCAUGUUACUGUACUUGAUGAAAAUGACAACCAGCCUGUGUUCAGUCAGUCUGAGUAUCGUGCUGUCAUUCUGGAAAGUGCCCCAAUAAUGACACCUGUCUGCCAGGUACUGGCGACAGACCCAGACCUUGGCAUCAAUGGCCAGGUCAUCUACGAGAUCAACCGCCGUCAAAGUGACCCGAAUGAGCAUUUCAUUAUUGAUAGCUCCUCAGGCAUCAUUAGAGUCAAUAAGUUUUUGGACUAUGAAAAUCAGGCAUUCUUUGAGCUCAUUGUGACCGCAUGGGAUUCUGGGACUCAGCCUGAAUCCUCCAGCACUUUUGUAAGUAUUAAAGUCCUGGAUGUCAAUGACAACCACCCAAAUAUUAACAUCCUGUUUCUGAAUGAGGCCGGAGCACCUGAGGUAUCGGAGGGAGCGGGGCUCGGAGAGUACGUUGCUAGGAUUGCAGUUUCAGACCCUGAUUUAGGGGAGUUCAAGAAGAUCGAUGUACUCCUCCAAGGUGGCGAUGGGACGUUCACCCUCAAAUCCACUGCCGAUUUUCUGUAUGUUCUCUGCGUGGAUGGACCUCUAGACAGAGAGGUGAAGGACACGUAUGACCUCACUGUGAUCGCCUCCGAUUUCGGCUCUCCUCCGCUGAGGAGCGAGGCUACAUUUCAAGUUAAGGUCACCGAUGUGAAUGACAAUCCACCGAUUUUUAACCAAAACAACUAUGAGGACAGAAUUCCCGAGGAUGUGCAUGAGGGAACAGCUCUCUUCCAAGUGAAGGCCACUGACAGAGAUCAAGGAGAAAACUCUGGAAUCAUCUACUCUGUUGAACAGUCAGAGCAGGAGCAUCUGUUCAAUAUAGAUCCAGCAUCAGGUCUCAUUACGACUGCUGCAGGCCUAGACCACGAGAAAGAGACAGAGCUGAAGUUCUUGGUGAUGGCGACUGAUGGUGGUUCUCCGUCGCUCUCCUCCACAGCCACUGUGACCAUCCACGUAGAGGACAUCAAUGACAAUAAACCCAUAUUCAAACAACAGUUCUAUAACGUUACCAUCAAAGAGCACACAGCAGUUGGGACAUGCAUCUUGCAGGUCACUGCCAUCGAUGCCGAUGAUGCUGAGUUUGGGUCAGUGCGGUACUCCGUCUCUGAUGGCUACGUCAGCAAGGAUUCCCACCCUUUCUUUCACAUCAACCCUGUUACUGGGGCAAUCUGUGUAUCCCAAGACAUUGAUCGUGAAGCAGGCCUUGUAAUCUUUGACCUGUUGAUUAAAGCUGAAGAUCAAGAUGGUCUCAGUUCACAGACAUUUGUUCACAUCGACGUGGAGGAUGUGAACGAUAAUGCUCCAGUUUUUAGUCCUGAGAACUACAUCACAAGCGUGAGCAGCCAUGCUCCACCUGGCACUGAGCUCCUUAGCGUUUUUGCCUCUGACCGGGAUACUGGCGACAACGGGCAAAUCACUUAUAAGCUCUUACCCGGAGAUUCUGCCUCUUUAUUCACCGUGGACCAGUCAACAGGAGCUGUCUUCUUGAGCUCUUUAUUGUCUCAGCUGCACAGUAGCAGUGUGAAGCUGUCUGUCUCUGCUUGGGACGGAGGCGGCAUGUCUGCGGUUCUUCCUGCUAAUAUAACAGUGAACAUCCUUCACAGCGACCAGCCCCCGGCCCUCUUCCAGAAAUCCCACUACACCUUUUCCAUCUCUGAGGAUGCACCCGUGGGCUCCUCUGUUGGUUUGGUUCAAGCUGUCACCCCUGCCAAUUCAGUGGAGGCAGUCUCAUACGUCAUAUCCUCUGGUGAUCCACAGGGGCUUUUCUCAGUGGAUGCUCAGACAGGCAUCAUCACCACUAACCAGCCCCUGGACCACGAGUCCCUUUCUUAUGUUCUCCUGACCUUACAGUUCCACACAGGUACCCUCCCUAUCUACAGCAAUGCUCAGGUCAAUGUCUCCAUCACUGAUGUCAAUGACAACCCUCCUGUGUUCUCAAAGACCUCUGAACACAUAACCGUAUCUCAUAACACCUCUCCAGGGACGCCACUCUUCAUUGCACUUGCUCAUGAUAGUGACAGCCAUCUUAAUGGCAGAAUUCAUUACUUGUUACGUCCUGAGAGCCGCUUAUUUACCAUUCACCCACAUCUUGGGACUCUUAUGCUAAGCAGUGACCUCUUAAGAGAUUCUACCAAGAGAUAUGAGCUCAGUGUUAUAGCUGAGGAUGAGGGUAAUCCUUCAUUGAGUUCUACUUUAGGUCUUGUUAUAGAGCUGGACUCUUCAGGCCAUGUAGAAGACACUCUGGCCUUUGAAACUUUGGUGUACCAGGUUGAAAUUGGAGAAAGUGCUCAGAAAGACACCAGAGUUAUUCAGGUACGGGCUCAUGGAACCACAGCCCAGCAUGCAAGAACCCCUGCAACAGCGCCCCCCAUCAUCACUUACUCUCUCCAACGCCUCACUGGAGUCCCGCCAUUCAGGAUCCACCCAGAGAGUGGAUGGAUGUUUUUAACACAGAGUCUUGACUACGAAACUGAACCCAUGUACAGAUUUAGAGUCUGCGCAACGGUGCAGUUUGGCAAAACAGAGGCCACUGCCACAGCAAUGGUGGUUGUCAUGGUUCAAGAUGAGAAUGACAGUGCACCAGUGUUCAGUAGGGAUGUGUACUUCUUCAGCGUGCAGGAGGGACCGUCCCCUCAUGGGGUAAUUGGAAUGGUAAAAGCUACCGACAGAGAUUCUCAUAAUAAUGGUGUGUUAUCCUUCAUCUUGCUGUCUGAUGGAAAAUACUUUAGAAUCAACCCCAGAACAGGGGAAAUCAUAAACCUGGUGGCUUUGGAUCGUGAGGAGCAUGCGCAGCAUGUGUUGAGGGUGAUGGUCACAGAUCAGGGUCAACCUCGUCUCAACUCGACAACUAUGGUUCACAUCCUAGUCACAGAUGUCAAUGAUAACAGCCCACAGUUCACACACCUGCCUGCAACUAAAGAGCUAAACGUCCAGGUGUGGGAAGGCAUCCCAGUGGGUUCUGUUGUAAUCAGUAUGUUUGCUAAAGACCUGGAUGCUGGAGAAAAUGGAACUGUCAACUUCUCUAUGAAAGAUAAUCAGCUGGGCCACUUUAGUAUUGAUAGCCGUAAUGGGGAUAUCAAGGUGACAGCACAGUUCUCCACAAACCCACAGACUCGCUACACCCUGAGAGUUGUUGCCAAGGACAAUGGCCCUUUUCCUCUGGAGGAGAUUGCAGUUGUUCACAUACAGGUAUAUGCGUCAGACGAAUACGAUGGGCACUCUGAUUUCCAGGGCCCCAGACACUUCACUGUGCAGGAAGAUGUGAGACUGGGAACUGUCAUCGGCUCACUUGGAAUUUCUAAGGUGCCCGAAAGACAUUCCCGAUACUCUAUCGUCGAGGGGGAUGGCAGUUUGCAGUUUGGUGUCAAAAGCAAUAGUGGGGACCUGUAUGUGGCACAACAUCUGGACUAUGAAGUCACUCAGCGGUACUUCUUGGUUGUCCGUGCGGAAGCCCCUCCCACUUUCAAUGUCACUGUGUUUGUGACGAUCAGUGUUGUUGAUGUUAAUGACCAUGCUCCCUGGUUCCCCUGUGAUGACAGUGUUGUAGUGUGUGGCGUGCAUGAGGAUGUUGCCCGUGGAACAGAACUGUAUGUCUUUAAGGCACACGAUGGGGAUGGAAGCCUGCGUAACAGUGAGCUUUAUUAUUCUUUGACAUAUGACCCCGAUCCUGGCAAAGACGAGCUACCUUUCCACAUCGACCCUCACACUGGAGUUGUCACAACAAAUGCCCAGUUGGACCGAGAGCGCACCGAGGGCUUUGUGUUUAAAGUGACUGCCAGCGACCACACGGAGGAGCCCAACAAUAGGAAACAUCCUUCGGUCAUUGUUCAGGUCAUUCUGUUUGAUAUCAAUGACAACAGGCCCACGUUUGUCUCCAUGGAAAUAGCUUCUGUCUCAGAGGACACAGAGGUGGGACUCUUGGUUCAUCACGUAUUAACAAAAGAUGAAGAUGAAGGGAGUAACGGACACGUCAUUUGCAGUCUGAUAUCGGGCAAUGAUGAAGGCUACUUUCGCAUGGAAAGGACAGGGCAUCUGUACCUGAACUCUUCCCUGGAUUACGAAUCCCAGCAAGUCCACAUCCUCACGGUCCAGGCCACAGACGGUGGCGUCCCCUCCCUGUCCUCCACGCAGACACUCACCGUGAAGGUUCUGGAUGUUAAUGACCAGUAUCCGAUGUUUCAGCAGCAUGUUUACAAAACCACUGUCAUGGAGAACAGAGAACCAGGAGAGAUCAUCGUCACAGUCACUGCAGUCGACCUGGACUCAGAGGAAAAUGCUGCCGUAAGCUACAGCUUGUUGCCCAGUCCAGGAUAUGAGCUCUUUACAAUAAACUCCCACACCGGACAGAUCAGCACCUCUACUCGGCUAGACAGAGAGGUCCACUCCAGAUUUACUCUUAGAGUUCAAGCAGAGGACAGAGGAACUCUGUCUCUCUCCAGCACUGCUACAGUCUUGUGCUCUGUCCUGGAUGAUAACGACAACACUCCAGAAUUUUCUCAGCCUGACUUUCACAUAGUAAUCCCAGAGAACCUUCCUCCAGGAGUCAUUCACACAGUCCAGGCCUCAGAUGUUGAUAUUGGACUAAACGGAACCAUUCAGUACUCCUUACAAGAUGCGGAUCAGUGUUUCAGCAUCGAUGCUGUGACUGGGGAAAUCAGCAGCACUAGAGUCCUUGACAGAGAGGAGCGAUCCAACUACACCCUCUUCAUCACCGCAGCUGACCGUGGGCAUCCACCUCUGAGCUCCACAACACUCUUGCACAUCACCCUCUCAGACGAAAACGACAACAGUCCCACUUUCACUCGCAAAAGCUACCGUGCCGCCGUCAGCGAGGGGCUUCCUGCUGGUUCAGAGGUCAUACAUCUGACAGCUCAGGAUACCGAUGAGGGGCCCAAUGGAGUAGUCACCUUCUCCUUGCUGGAGGAAAAUUCGGGCAAUUUUUAUGUUGAUGGCUCUACUGGUGUGAUAAGGCUGGCAAAGCCACUGGACCGUGAAACUCGCUCCCAGCACAUCUUCCGUGCUGUGGCUACUGAUGGAUGCAGCCAGGGCCCACGUAGCUCAAUUGCCACAGUUACGAUACAGGUGGAAGACAUCAAUGACAAUCCACCAUCAUGUAUCAAGGAACCCAUGCAGGUGUCAAUCUCUUCCACGAGCACACGUUUCCAUCGGCCCAUCUUCACAGUUACAGCUCACGAUUCAGACCAAGGAGACAACGGGACAGUAGUGUAUAGUCUAGUAGACGAAGAUGAGCUGUUUCAGAUUGAUGGGUCAUCUGGAGCGUUACGGUUAAAAGCGCCCCUGAAAGGUGAUCUCUCUGGGACAAAGCUGCUCCAUGUACGGGCUGCAGAUUUGGGUAGACCCCCCCUCACCUCCAGCUGCCUGCUGCUUGUACAGCUGAAUGGAGAGGAGCCGCCAUUGCAGUUUACUGAGGAGCACUAUGAAGUCACCGUGCUAGAGAACACCAAGACAGGCUCUUGGGUGGCAAAUGUUGUAGCUCAUGACCAGACAUCAGACGAAGGAACAAUCAAGUACAGUAUUUUCAGUGGCAAUGAGAAUGAAGCCUUCAGUAUUAACCCAAGUACAGGAGAUAUCACCGUUAUAGAGCAAAGACUGCUAGAUUUUGAGGUGGAGCGUAAGAUUCACCUUGUGGUUCUGGCUGAGAACGGACACCAAACAGCCUAUGCCAGGGUGACCAUCAAUCUACUUGACAUCAAUGACAAUGCUCCAGUGUUCAAGCAAAGCUACUACAGAACAGCUGUAUUGGAGGGACAAAUUCACAACACCUUUGUCAUGCAGGUGUUAGCCACAGACUCUGACAGUGGGGUAAAUGGGCAGAUCAGUUACUUCAUUGUUGAUGGAAAUGACAAUAAUGCAUUUGUGAUCGACUCUGUACGUGGGAUUCUUGCCACCAACACUGUCCUGGACAGAGAAAUUGUCUCAUCCUACAAGUUAAUUCUUCAGGCCAAGGACAUGGGAAGUCCUCCCCUCUCAGGCACCUGCACUGUCCGUGUCCAAGUUGUAGAUGUGAAUGACAAUAGUCCUACGAUACCAUUCAUGGAACCAGUGACCAUAGCAGAGAAUCUUCCUGUUGGCUACAUUGUCGCCCAAGUGAUUGCAAAUGACGUAGACCUUAGUCCUGCAGCUACAUUCAGAUUUAUAGAGAAGGAUGAGACAAGCAGUAUGUUUGCAAUUGACCGAUACUCAGGAGUAAUUACCACAACUAAAAUCCUAGACUAUGAGGAUCAAUCUGUCUAUACAUUGAGAGUGGAAGCAUCAGACUCGGUCCAUCAAACAGAGGCCGAUCUCUCAGUCCAGGUGUUGGAUGUCAACGAUAACCCCCCAGUCUUCUCUCAGGAGUCAUACCAGGUUGUGUUACCAGAGUGGACAUCUGCAGACUCGUAUGUUGUGGCUGUAUCAGCAACCGAUAGAGACUCUGGGCAAAAUGGCGAAAUUCUUUAUAGGCUUCUUUCUUCACCAUUGAGAGGGUUUUACAUUGAUGCAGAGAAUGGUUCAGUGUUCACCAACAUGCCUUUGAGGUUUGUUGCAAAUGGAAACACACUCCGGCUCUUGGUGGAGGCACAUGACAGUGGUGACCCAACCCUUUUUAGUGUCACUUCUGUGGACAUUGAGGUGGUGGACUCUAAUGAUCACGCCCCUUGUUUCACACAGAACUCAUACCAGGUGAGUGUUCCUGAGGAUGUAUCAGUCGGAAGUCUUCUACUCACUCUAUCAGCAGAAGAUAAGGACUACUCAAAUGAAAACACCCAUUUGGAGUAUGCUAUUGUGGGUGGAAAUGACGAGAGGCGCUUCUGCCUGGAUGUUGUUAGUAUUCCAACUGAAGCCCACAGACAAACUGCUGGACAAAUAGUUGUCUGUGAUACACUGGAUCGAGAGACCUCAGACACUUACUCAUUAACGGUUACUGUAACAGACAGGGGAAAGCCUCCCCUAAACAGCUCAACUGUGGUUUCAAUCAGAGUGCUUGAUAUUAAUGACCAUGCGCCUGUUUUCAGUAGUCCAGAGUACCAUGCACAGGUAAGGGAGAACAUCCUCCUAGGUACUACCCUUAUCCAUGUCUCUGCCCGUGAUCUCGAUCUAGGGGCUAAUGGGACAGUAAGAUACAGCAUCAUCUCAGAUACUAGCAGAGGCCUGAUUAAACUAGACCCUGUAACAGGUGUCCUUGAGGUUAAUGGGACACUGGACUACGAAGAAGAUACCAAAUUUACUUUAACAAUUCAAGCAUCAGAUUGUGGUGGUCCAAGUGACAGAAAGGUAUCUUUUGCAGUUGUUUACUUAUUAGUACUGGAUGAGAAUGACAAUCCCCCUUUCUUCAUGUUCCCUACUAUCAACUGCUCAGUGGCUGAAAAUCUGCCAGCUUUUACCCCUGUGUGCACUGUACAUGCUGUUGACGAAGAUGGAGGAAGCUUUGGACUACUUACUUAUUCAAUUGUAACCCCCUGUUUCAUGGAUUAUGACAGUAGCAAUCCAGACAAAAAAGAAGCCUUUGCCAUUGAUUCUCUUACUGGAGACAUCCAUACAAAACAGAUGUUUGACUUUGAAAGAGAGAGCACAUUCUGCUUUGUGGUUGAGGCACGUGACAAAGGUGAUCAAGUGGCAACCUUGAGAGUACAGAUUGAAAUUGAAGGAAUUGAUGAGUUCAGCCCCAUUUUUACCCAGAAUGUGUACCAUUUUUCUCUACCAAACAAUGCCAAGAUUGGCCAAAGCAUUGGUCAUGUGAUGGCUAUGGAUCAUGAUGGGGGUCUGGAUGGCUUAGUGGAGUACUCUUUAGUCGGCUCAUCCACAUUCCUCAAUGUCAACAAAACAACUGGCAGCAUCUAUAUUUCAAGCCCAGUGUAUCAGAGAAGAAGCCCCAUCCCAAAAGAGCCAAUGGAGGACCUAAUGGUUCGGGCAAGCAGCACAAAAUUGGACUCCAGGUCAUCAACCUGCCAUGUAGUUGUGAACAUAUCCAAUUCAGCAAAGGCUCUGACAAGUGUUUCACUCAGUGUAAAGACCGCCAGUCUUAGUGUGUCAUUAAUAGUGUUCCUCCUACUUUUGAUAAGCUUCAUUGUCCUUGUUUUAAGGUACAAGUCCAAAGAAAUUUCCCUGAAGAAGGCAGCCUCCUUAGCUGAUAACCUCAACCAUGAGACUGACACUUUGGGAAGAACAGGUGGCACUCUACACAGCAGUAUUAACCUCCAAGAUAUACAAGCACCAUUGGACAUUAGGGCAAAAAGGGGUAUUCCAAAUCCUUUGAGAAACUCAGACUCAAGUGGAAGAGGAUCUGCUGUGGAUGAGACUGCUGAGGACCAAGAGAUCAUCAACAUCAACAAGCUUCCAAGUUUUAAGAAGCUCUGCUCUAUCACAACACAACAGGCAUCAAGUGUCUCGGACUCAGGGAUCCCUAUUUCCUGUCACUCCUGUUAUUCGGCAGAUGAAGAUCCACCUUCUAGUGCCAAUCUAGGCAUAGUCCAAAUAGUGGACAUGGCCAGCACUGAAAGUCUACACAAUUUCAAGGAAGAAGGUGGAGGUGAGGGAAUGCUACCUCGAGUGGUCAAUAUGAGGGAAGUGGAGGAGGUCAUGAAAAGGUGCAUGUCCAUGCAUGAUGGGCAGGGUUCAGUGGAGGGCUCACUCAGCAAUCUCAUUUCUUCUGAGGAACAGCUUAAUGGUAGCUAUGGUUUGGACUUCUUACUCAACUGGCAGCCACGCUUCCAAUCUUUGUCCUCUGUUUUUACAGACAUUGGCAUGCUUCCUGACGAAGAGAUUAGGGCCAGAGAUAUGGAGGGAGAGUCUCAUAGCCUCCUGUACUCACCACCUCUUAUCACAGCAGUUGCACAGCCAGGAAUACGUGUUGUCCCUCCCAGGAAUCCCCAAAGAAAGCCAGCCCUGGUUAGAUGUCCCACAUACCCCAAAAACGCAUACUCGCCUCACACUAAAAACACAGGUUUGACCCAUUCUGCAAUUACCCCCAGUUUCUCCCCAUCUCUCUCACUACUUACUAUGAGGACACCCAAUACCUCUCCAGUGGUCUCUGAAACAGGGUUGGGACGCUACACAAAAGUGGCAACACUGCCAAGAGACAUGUUAGAGGACGCUGAGAUUCAAGUGUAAUCUUGUACUUCUGGUUUCCAAAACUUUAUGUAAAAAUCUUUACUGAUUUAAGUUUCAAUGUGUUUUUUUAAAGUUUUAGUUGAUUGUAGUGUUUCAUAAGAAUUUCAUCUUGAUCUUUUAAAUCGAUAAGACUGUAAGAACAGUUAUUUUAUUUUUUUACUAAAUAAUGCUAAAUGUUGAAUAACCAAAAUACAGUUCAAGGCAACUCACAAGUAUGUAAGUACAUGCAGCAUUUGUUUUUAUGUUUUUAAUUGAUUUUAUUGAUGAUGCACUGAAAAAUGUAUUCACUGGAUGUAUUUAUUGUGACAUUAUUUUGAUUUAUUUUUGUAUUAUUUUGUGGAGGGCUUGGAAAUAGGAGAAUGUGUCAAUAAUAAAGGAGUCCGUGCCUAACCAAAUCUGCAGGUUUGCUGUUAUUUGAAAGCAACCUCACUAUUACAAAUUUAUAAGCAAAAAUCAAGAUUACAUUGAGCAACUUCCAACUGAAGGGAAUUUGGCCAAGUUUUGGAGGGUUUGAAGGCAGAAUUGUGAUCAUUUUAUAAAAGCACUUACAUUUAUUCUUCUGUUAAAUCUUAAAACUGUAUUAUUUGAGCUGUAAAGUUAUUUAUA